CUCAAUCCCCUCCAAUCCACUCGCCCGCCUCCCGGCCGCCGCAGCGGCCGCCCGCGCUAGCGUCUCCACCUCGCGCCGAAGCUCCGCGGCGAAGCGGCGGCUCCCUUCCGUGGAGGCCUCGCCGCCGCCCGCGUCCCCGACGGCGGCCGCGAGUGCGGCGCCCGUGGAGCCCGCUCCGUCGUCCCCAAUGCCGCCUUCGCCGCCUCCGAGCCAAUCAGGGAAGCGCGCCAAAGUCACGGUCGCGAGGCCGGAGGAGCCGGGGACGGUCGGCGUGAAGGCGGCGGAGCCGGCGGCGGUCGAUCUCCUGGACAGCUCCCUGGAUAACCUCCGGAGGGAGGAAGGAGGAAAACGAAUAGGCCAACAAGGACCUUUCCUACAGAAGAGGGGACGCUCUGGAAGACACGGCCUAUUUCAGCCAGUGGGAGCUCGGAGGCUUGGGGGUAGAUUGAUUUCCCAGUCUGCUGAGGUUCUCCAGGAGCUCCGCGAGGAGACGGCGGCCAUGAGGGGGAGCCAGAUGCAGGUUUCGCCGGCGCAGGCUCAGCUAUUAGCGAUGCUGGUUCAGAUUCAAGGGGCGCAGCGCUGCAUUGAAGUCGGUGUCUUUACUGGGUAUUCAUCAUUAGCUGUAGCACUAGCACUUCCUGAAUCUGGUCGCUUGGUUGCUUGUGAAAGGGAUGAAAGAUGUCUAGAAAUUGCCAAGAAAUACGAUCAGCGUGCUGGUGUUGCACACAAGAUUGAUGUGAAACAUGCUUUGGCUGCGGAUUCUCUAAGAUCAUUGCUUGAUUGUGGUGAAGCUUCGAGUUAUGAUUUUGCAUUUGUUGAUGCUGAUAAGAGAAUGUACGAGGAGUAUAUUGAGCUUUUACUAAAACUUGUAAGACUUGGUGGUUUAAUUGUAAUGGACAAUGUCCUUUGGUAUGGACGGGUUGCUGAUCCAUUGAUUGAUGACCAAAAGACAAUCAGUAUAAGGAACUUCAAUAAGAAAGUUCUGGAGGAUAUGCGUGUUGAUAUCAGCAUGGUGCCUUUGGGGAUGGGAUGACAAUUUGCCGGAAGCUAGUAGAUCCUUAAAUCAACAAUUUAUUAUGUUGAUGUUGUAAACUUACCAAUGUCAAGCCCUGAAAAAUCAAAUAGGCACUGAUCUUAUCCACAAAUGCAUCUGGUGGCCUGCCACCAAAAGGACUAACCACCAUGGAGGAAGCAGCCGGUGCAAUGGAUGUCUGUGUCUGCAGUGAAGAACAACAACAUUGGCAUGGCUAUUUUCCUGAAUGGACUUUGAGGUUCAGCUCUGAAACUUAACCCAAGGCGAGCGUGUCUCCCAAGACGGUUGUAGACUCAAGCACGUAUCACUAUGAUGUUUCGUUGAUGAACCACAGGGCCACAGUUUUGAUAUGGUGCCUUUCUUCUGGAGGACAAGCCAAUUAAUUGCAUAUCUGUUACUUGCACUCAGAUAGCAUGUACUUAUACAUGUAGUAGCACAUGACAUUGUUCUAGGUAGCGUGCGUUGCUGAAUUUGAAUUUGUGGGACAACUGACUAGCACAUACAUGUACAGGACUAGCUGCGUUCGACCCGUUCCUGUCCUUUCUUUGAGGUCUCCGGCCAUCAAUGCCCAGCAUGGUCGAUCUAUCUGACAGUGUAUUUAAAUUGAUGACAUAAACAGUGUUUUUGAA